CUCGUACGACAGCGACACAGCCUGCAGCACACCUUCAGACGGUGAUGAAGUAGGAACCGGAUUCUGCUGUGUUGAGCAAUAGCCGAGGAGGUAAACCCGAGGUAUCGCGGGCUUGCCGAGAGGGGAGAGCUGACAGUCCCGACGGACGGACCUCGACAGUUUCAAACAGUCCAUUGGUGGAAGUUACCGUUUGCUCCUUGUUGUCAUAAUAGAUGCUUCUAACAACUACAUGCAUUUCGCUCUAAUUGUUUAGCCAGUCCACCAAGAUGGAAAAUGCGCACACUAAAUCGACAACCGAAGUUUUAGAGAACUUCGGUGUCAACGAAAACACUGGGCUGACACUGGAACAAGUGAAGACACAUUUGGAGAAAUAUGGACCCAACGAGCUCCCUGCUGAAGAAGGCAAGUCCCUGUGGGAGCUGGUGGCGGAGCAGUUUGAGGACCUCCUGGUCCGGAUCCUGUUGCUCGCUGCAUGCGUGUCCUUUGUGUUGGCUCUGUUCGAGGACGGUGAGGAGACCACCACCGCCUUCGUCGAGCCCAUCGUCAUCCUCCUUAUCCUCAUCGCAAAUGCCGUCAUCGGGGUCUGGCAGGAGAGGAACGCUGAGAACGCCAUUGAGGCGUUGAAGGAGUAUGAGCCCGAGAUGGGCAAGGUGUACCGGAUGAACCGCAAGGCCGUCCAGAGGAUCAAGGCUCGAGAGAUCGUCCCCGGAGAUGUAGUGGAGGUUGCAGUUGGAGACAAGGUGCCUGCAGACAUCCGGUUGACCUCGAUCAAGUCUACCACCCUGCGCGUGGACCAGUCCAUUCUCACAGGGGAAUCUGUGUCAGUGAUCAAACACACUGACCCCGUUCCAGACCCCAGAUCUGUCAACCAGGACAAAAAGAACAUGCUAUUCUCGGGCACCAACAUCGCGUCGGGCCGCGCCAUCGGCGUGGUGGUGGCCACCGGCGUCGCCACGGAGAUCGGCAAGAUCCGCAACCAGAUGGCGGCCACGGAGCAGGAGAAGACUCCGCUGCAGCAGAAGAUGGACGAGUUCGGCCAGCAGCUGUCCAAGGUCAUCUCCCUCAUCUGCGUGGCGGUGUGGGUCAUCAACAUCGGCCACUUCGGCGACCCGGUGCACGGCGGCUCCUGGAUGCGCGGCGCCAUCUACUACUUCAAGAUCGCCGUGGCGCUGGCGGUGGCGGCCAUCCCCGAGGGCCUGCCCGCCGUCAUCACCACCUGCCUGGCGCUGGGCACGCGGCGCAUGGCCAAGAAGAACGCCAUCGUGCGCUCCCUGCCCUCCGUGGAGACCCUGGGCUGCACCUCGGUCAUCUGCUCCGACAAGACGGGCACCCUCACCACCAACCAGAUGUCUGUCUGCAGGAUGUUCAUCGCAGACACGGUGCAGGACUCCAGCUGUUCCCUCCACGAGUUCUCCAUUUCCGGCUCUACCUACGCUCCCGAGGGACAGAUACUGAAAGGAGACAAACCAGUGCAGUGUGGGGACUAUGAUGGGCUGUUGGAGUUGGCUACAGUGUGUGCAAUGUGCAAUGACUCGUCUCUCGACUACAAUGAGGCCAAGGGGGUGUACGAGAAGGUUGGGGAGGCCACAGAAACGGCCCUCACCACCUUGGUGGAGAAGAUGAACGUCUUCAAGUCGAACGUCACCGGCAUCAGCAAAGUGGAGCGGGCCGGGUUUUGCAACUCGGUGAUCAAACAGCUGAUGAAGAAGGAGUUCACCUUGGAGUUCUCUCGCGACCGCAAGUCCAUGUCAGUCUACUGCACCCCCACCACGCAGGGUUCCCAGAGCAAGAUGUUCGUCAAGGGGGCGCCGGAGAGCGUGAUCGAGCGGUGCCAGUACCUGCGCGUGGGCACGGGCAAGGUGCUGCUGACCCCGGCCCUGCGGGACCAGCUGCUCUCCAAGAUCCGGGAGUGGGGGACGGGCAGGGACACGCUGCGCUGUCUGGCGCUGGCCACCCGCGACCAGCCCCCCCGCCCGGCCGACAUGGACCUGGUCAACUCGCCCAAGUUCGCAGAGUAUGAGACGGCGCUCACCUUCGUGGGCUGCGUGGGGAUGCUGGACCCCCCCAGGAAGGAGGUGGUGGGCUCCAUUCAGCUGUGCCGCGAGGCGGGCAUCCGGGUCAUCAUGAUCACCGGGGACAACAAGGGCACGGCCAUCGCCAUCUGCCGCCGCAUCGGCAUCUUCGGCGAGGACGAGGACGUGUCGGACCGGGCGUACACGGGCCGGGAGUUCGACGACCUGCCCGGCGACUCCCAGCGCGACGCGGUGAAGCGGGCGCAGUGCUUCGCCCGCGUGGAGCCCGCGCACAAGUCCAAGAUCGUGGGCUUCCUGCAGUCCUUCGACGAGAUCACCGCCAUGACUGGCGACGGCGUGAAUGACGCGCCCGCCCUGAAGAAGGCGGAGAUCGGCAUCGCCAUGGGCUCCGGCACGGCCGUGGCCAAGUCGGCCUCGGAGAUGGUGCUGUCGGACGACAACUUCUCCACCAUCGUGGCGGCGGUGGAGGAGGGGCGCGCCAUCUACAACAACAUGAAGCAGUUCAUCAGAUACCUCAUCUCCUCCAACGUGGGGGAGGUGGUCUGUAUCUUCCUGACAGCCAUCCUGGGUCUUCCCGAGGCCCUGAUCCCCGUCCAGCUACUGUGGGUCAACCUGGUGACGGACGGCCUUCCCGCCACCGCCCUGGGCUUCAACCCUCCCGACCUGGACAUCAUGGACAAGCCCCCCCGCAACCCCAAGGAGCCCCUGAUCUCCGGCUGGCUCUUGUUCAGAUACCUGGCCAUCGGAGGGUACGUGGGUCUCGGCACCGUGGGUGCUGCCACCUGGUGGUACCUGUACGACGCCACGGGUCCACAGGUGUCCUUCUAUCAGCUGAGGAACUUCAUGCACUGCGGCGGAGACAACCCCAUCUUCGAGGGGGUGGACUGCGAGGUGUUUGAGUCCCGCUACCCCACCACCAUGGCGCUGUCCGUGUUGGUCACCAUUGAGAUGUUCAACGCCCUGAACAGCCUGUCUGAGAACCAGUCUCUGAUCCGGAUGCCUCCCUGGGUCAACUUCUGGCUUCUGGGAGCCAUCGUCCUGUCCAUGUCCCUCCACUUCCUCAUCCUCUAUGUGGAGCCCCUGCCUUUGAUCUUCCAGGUGACUCCUCUGCACUGGUCCCAGUGGGUCGUGGUCCUGAAGAUUUCCAUCCCGGUCAUCCUAUUGGACGAGGUGCUGAAAUGCAUGUCCAGGCACUACCAGGACGGUGACGACGCGCACAAAUAUAGGAUACGGCAGACAUCUUAGAACACACACACACACACACACACACACACACACACACACACACACACACACACACACACACACACACACACACACACACACACACACACACACACACACACACACACACACACACACACACACACACACACACACACACACACACACACACACUCUUCCAGCCAGAAAAUGCAUGAUCAACCCUCCCUCCAGCCGUCCAACCACCACUAGAAGCGAGAGCUCGAUGCCCAUGAGUGGACCAGCGGGUGCACGGGCGGGAGCGAAUGUGUGAAUAAGUGAGCAGGCGAAUGUGUGUUCAGUGGGCAGCAUAUUUGCGGUUGCUAGAUAUAGAGCAGUACAGUACAAUGCAGACCGACUGAGAGUCAUGGGCUUCUAAACAAUCCUUUCUGCUUGUUUUUAUUGGCUAGCACAGUCAAAGGUAUAUAUGGGUGCAAAAGCCGGGCUUCAGACCUUUAGGUUAAUUUG